GGGAUAAAGGGAAUGUUCUUGGCUAACAAGAAGAUUGACAACCAAGUAAAAACUUUCAUCACGUACAAUAAAGGACGAGACUGGCACUUGCUGCAGGCCCCGGACACAGAUCUGAGAGGAAAUUCAGUUCACUGCCUCCUUCCAUAUUGCUCCCUACAUCUUCACCUGAAGGUUUCAGAGAAUCCAUACACUUCUGGAAAUAUUGCUAGUCGGGAUACUGCCCCAGGCAUCAUUGUGGCCUCUGGUAACAUUGGAACUGAGUUAUCAGACAAUGAUAUAAGCAUGUUUGUUUCAUCAGAUGCUGGCAACACUUGGAGACAAAUCUUUGAAGAGGAACACAGUGUUCUUUAUCUGGAUCAAGGUGGGGUUUUGGUUGCCAUGAAACAUACAUCUCUGCCUAUCAGACAUCUCUGGUUAAGUUUUGAUGAAGGAAGAUCCUGGAGCAAGUACAGUUUCACUUCCAUCCCUCUUUUUGUUGACGGGGUGUUGGGAGAACCUGGAGAGGAAACCCUAAUAAUGACAGUUUUUGGACACUUCAGCCAUCGCUCAGAGUGGCAACUGGUGAAAGUAGAUUACAAGUCAAUUUUUGACAGAAGGUGUGCUGAAGGUGACUACCGACCCUGGCAGCUUCAUAGCCAGGGAGAAGCAUGUAUCAUGGGAGCAAAAAGGAUCUACAAGAAGCGUAAGUCUGAGAAGAAAUGCAUGCAGGGAAAAUAUGCUGGAGCUAUGACAUCUGAACCAUGUGUUUGCACAGAGGCAGACUUUGAUUGUGACUAUGGAUUUGAGCGUCAUAGCAAUGGCCAGUGUUUGCCAGCAUUUUGGUACAAUCCAUCUUCCUUGUCCAAAGACUGCAGUCUUGGUCAGAGUUAUCUCAACAGCACUGGGUAUAGGAAGGUUGUAUCUAAUAACUGCACAGAUGGUGUGCGUGAACAGUACACAGCCAAGCCUCAGCAAUGCCCUGGCAAGGCUCCACAUGGGCUUCGAAUUGUCACUUCAGAUGGCACACUGACAUCCGAACAAGGACACAAUGUUACCUUCAUGGUCCAGCUGGAAGAGGGUGAUAUCCAAAGGUCAAUAAUCCGUGUGGACUUUGGAGAUGGCAGUGCCGUGUCAUACGCCAAUAUCAGCUCUACAGAAGAUGGGAUCAAGCAUGUCUACCAGAAUGUGGGGAUUUUCCGAGUGACAGCGCAGGUGGAAAACAGCCUGGGGGCAGACAGUGCUGUCCUGUACUUGCAUGUAAAUUGCCCUUUGGAACACGUCCAUUUAUCACUGCCAUUUGUAACAACAAAGAACAAAGAAGUUAAUGCCACAGCCGUUCUGUGGCCCAGUCAAGUUGGAACAUUAACUUACAUCUGGUGGUUCGGAAACAACACUGAGCCACUGAUCACCCUAGAAGGGAGCAUCACAUUUACAUUCUCUACAGAAGGGAUGAACACUAUCACAGUGCAGGUUUCUGCAGGGAAUGCCAUUCUUCAGGACACCAAGACAAUUGCAGUAUAUGAACAAUUUCAGUCUUUACGGCUAGCCUUCUCUCCAAAUCUUGAUGAAUACAAUCCUGAUAUUCCUGAAUGGAGGCGGGAUAUCAGUCGAGUUAUCAAAAGAGCACUUGUUGAAGCAACAGGUAUUUCCAGCAAACACAUUUUGGUGGCAGUCCUCCCUGGUUUACCCACAUCUGCGGAACUCUUUAUUUUGCCCUAUAAGGACCCCACAGGAGAAGACAAACAGACGGCGGAAGAUCUGCAACAGAUUUCAGAAAUAUUAGUCCAGAAACUGAACCAAAACUCCAUCCAGUUUGACUUAAAACCUGGGGUUAGAAUCCUUGUUCAUGCUGCCCAUUUAACAGCAGCCCCUCUCAUAGAUGUCACACCUAGCCACAGUGGUUCGGCCAUGUUGAUGCUGCUCUCCGUGGUGUUUGUGGGCUUGGCAGUCUUUGUGAUCUACAAAUUCAAAAGGAAGAUUCCGGGCAUUAAUGUUUAUGCACAGAUGCAGAAUGAGAAAGAUCAAGAGAUGGUCAGUCCAGGCAGUCAAAGUGAAAGCAUGCCUAAUGUCCCUCAGAGGGAGAUGACCCCAGAACAACUAGUAGAGGAGAAGGUGGAUUCCCAGCCCAUAGGUAAAUAA